GAACGAGCCGCAUCUUAAAAAGUCCCGACGCUGUACGUGAAAUGCAGGUGGGAGCUUCCGCUGAUCUCGGAGAAUCCCGAGAUCCGCGCGGGAGAAGCUGGAGGCAGAGGAGUCAGAGGCUGGCGGAAGUCCGUCGGCCAUCCGCCGCUAGCGCAAGUCCAGUGCCUUUAGACCUGGAGAGCCCCCACUUUUUUCAAAAAUGAAGAAAUUAAGGCUUAAGGAACUAGAGAGUCGCCUGCAACAAGUGGAUGGAUUCGAAAAUCCCAAGCUACUUCUAGAACAGUAUCCCACCAGGCCUCACAUCGCAGCAUGUAUGCUCUAUACAAUUCAUAACACAUAUGAUGACAUUGAAAAUAAAGUGGUUGCAGAUCUAGGAUGUGGUUGUGGAGUACUUAGCAUCGGAACUGCAAUGUUAGGAGCAGGGUUGUGUGUUGGAUUUGACAUAGAUGAAGAUGCAUUGGAAGUAUUUCAUAGGAAUGUGGAGGAAUUUGAGUUAACAAAUGUUGACAUGGUUCAAUGUGAUGUAUGCUCAUUAUCUAACAGAAUGUCCAAGUCAUUUGAUACAGUAAUUAUGAAUCCUCCCUUUGGGACCAAAAAUAAUAAAGGGACAGAUAUGGCAUUUCUGAAGACUGCUUUGGAAUUGGCAAGAACAGCAGUAUAUUCUUUACACAAAUCUUCAACUAGAGAACAUAUUCAAAAGAAAGCCGCAGAAUGGAAAAUCAAGAUAGACAUCAUUGCAGAGCUGAGGUAUGACCUGCCAGCAUCAUACAAAUUUCAUAAAAAGAAAUCAGUGGACAUUGAAGUGGACCUAAUACGGUUUUCUUUUUUAAAAGCCUCCAAAGACAAAAGCAGCUGAAAACCUAAUUAAAAUGAAUAAAAAGUUUUUUACUAAA